AUGAGGCCUUCAUUCUUCCUCCGACGCCCAACCUUUACCCCCUCCAGAUCCUCCGCUUCCCCGCGCUUACGGACAAAACGAUAUGAGUCUACUUCACCACCACCAUCUAAACCCGACCAUGGACCUACUCCUAAGAGCGAGCCGCCGGCGUCCUCGCCUACCCCUGCGCAAUCACAUAACAGCAUCCCUCCUACGCCGCCGCCAGGAGCAUCUCCGACAGUCCCCGCUCGGUCCGAAUCACGAUCGCUGGGACACAUAAUUAGGGCGAGCCCCUUGGGGCGGAUGGGACGGUCAUAUUCUCGGUUCCAGGAGAAACGGCCGUAUACGACGCAGAUAUGCAGUUCGAUAGUCAUCUAUCUUUGUGGUGAUCUGAGCGCGCAGUUUUUCUUUCCGCCGGAGGCUCCGGCGCAAAAAGUUGCGGAGCCGGGUAGAGAGGACAGCGGAGAGGUUGCUGAGGAGAAAGGAGGGUAUGACCCUUGGAGGACGAUGCGCCAUUUGACCGUGGGCAUUGGGUCGAGCAUACCCUCGUAUAACUGGUUCAUGUUUCUCCACAAUAACUUCAACUUCACCUCCAAAUUCCUCUCCAUUGUCACCAAAGUCGUCGUCCAGCAAGCCGUCUUCACACCCGUCUUCAACACCUACUUCUUCAGCGUCCACUCACUACUAUCCGGCGCAUCAUUAGAGGAGACAUGGGAGCGGCUGAAGGUCGCCCUGCCGCGGAGUAUCGUGAAUAGCGCCAAGUUCUGGCCGAUGGUCACUGCAUUUAGCUUCAUGUAUGUGCCGCCGCAGUUCCGCAAUGUGUUUUCGGGUUGCAUCGCGGUGGGCUGGCAGACUUACCUGAGCUGGUUGAAUCAGAAGGCUGCCAGGGAAGUUGAGACUGCGCUGACGGAGCCGGCUUCGUCGGAGGCGCAGGUCGGAGAGGCGGCCAAGGCUGUUAUCAAGGCUUAA